AUGGCAACCUUUCAAGUUUCAAGCAUCUUUUGUUUGAUGGGUUCGCCUGAUCAAAUGCGUUUUCCUAAAGGAGGAGCAAUUAAAGCCACCACCAAUAAUGCACCAAAAUUCCAGGUGAGUCCAAUUUCUCUUCCCAAGCUCCCAUCCAGAAGUUUGGUUGACAACUUGGACAUCACAAGUAAUGGUUACAAAAUCCCAAGUAAUAACAGUGCAAAUCAUUCUGAUGAUCCAAUGGUUACUUCUAAGCUGUAUGCCAUCAUGGAGGCUAUUGCAGACAGAGUGGAGAUGCAUAAGAAUAUUGGAGCACAGCGUGACAAUUGGAACCACCUCCUUCUGAUGUCCAUCAAUGCAAUUACUCUCGCUGCUGCAACCAUGGCAGGAACUGCCGCCGCCACUUUUGCUGUUACAACCGGAGCACGAGCGCCGUUCAUGGCUCUCAAGCUCUCUUCCACUAUACUUUAUGUAGCAGCCACUGGAAUGUUGGUGGUGAUGAACAAAAUCCAACCAUCCCAACUUGCUGAAGAACAGAGAUACGCAGCUAGAUUGUUCAAGCAGCUUCAUGCCCAGAUUCAAACAACACUAUCACUUCACAGUGAAAAUACUGUGGUGGAUGUGAAUGAAGCAAUGGAGAAAGUCUUGGCAUUGGACAGAGCCUACCCACUUCCUUUGUUAGGUGAAAUGCUGGAUAAAUUCCCCAAAACUGUGGAACCAACAAUCUGGUGGCCAAAACAAAAUCACAGAAGAGCUCAAGGGGCUGAAGGAAAAUUAAUAGAUGGAAAUGGUUGGAGUAAAAAAUUGGAAGAGGAAAUGAUAGAGGUAGUUGGGGUUUUGAAGAGCAAGGAUGUGCCAGAAUACUUGAAGUUGACUGAGAAGGCCUUAAAAAUCAACAGAGUUAUGGCCAUCUCUGGCCCUACAUUAACUGGCCUUGCAGCAUUGGGGUCUGCUUUUGUGGGUUCUAGUGGUACUUACGGGGUGUGGGGUGUGAUGGCAGGAGUUAUUUGUGGAGCUUUAGCAAGUGUGGUGAACACAUUAGAGCAUGGUGGCCAAGUUGGAAUGGUGGUUGAAAUGUAUAGAAGCAAUGCUGGUUUCUUUAGACUCAUGCAAGAGACUAUAGAAUCAAAUGUGAAAGAGAAACAAGUUGAGAGAAGAGAGAAUGGGCAGGUGUUUGAAAUGAAGGUGGCUUUGCAGCUGGGAAGGAGCCUAUCAGAACUCAAGGAUCUUGCUGUUUUCUCCGAAAAGUUUGCAAGCAAGCUAUUCUAG